AUGCUGCCCUCCAGGAUCCCCAUCCUUUUGCUGUCGCUGUCUCUGUCAUUCCUGCCAAAGGCCUUGGGUUUGAAAGGCGGCUCGGAUUGCUCGUCAAGACUCCCGUAUUCGCAUUUCUGUGUCAAUGCGACCAUUGAGAAUGAAGUCGUUACAUAUGAGUUGACCAACAUGCUGGAUGCAGAGAGCGAUGUUGGCUGGAUGGCAAUAGGCUUCGGGAGAACAAUGCUUCAAUCGCCCAUGGCCAUCCUUUGGAAAAACCCAGAUGGGACCAUGACCGUCUCCCAACGUGUCGCCGUCUGGUUCAUGGAACCAUUCGUCGAGAGAGCUCCUGACCGUAUCGCAACUCCCGUCGAACCCAAGCGGCAUGCUUGGCACCCGGCAAAGUCAACAACUUUCGCCUUCCAAGUCCCGGUCAACCGCACCAAACUUGCCGCGUCCCCAAUCGAAGACCUCGUUUGGGCAUAUUCUCCUUCUCGUCCGUCGACUAACGGCCCACACGCUCGGCUCGCUAGACAUACGGAAGUCGGAUACCUGAAACUCGACCUUAGCACCGACCUGAGCGGUCAGUCUCAAACUGGCUCGAGUAACAAUAACAAUCAACCCUCAAACCCCACUCCGCCCAACGACUUCCAAGCUCCCUCCACGCACAGCAACAGCAAUUCAACCAAGUCAGGUUCCAGCUCCAGCAACCACGGAAAGACCAUCCUCGCCCACGCGUUCCUCCUCACCUUUGGCUUCCUCCUCGUCCUUCCAAUCGGCGUCCUGACCGGCCGAUGGGCCCGAACUUUUACUCCCGUAUGGUUCAAAGUGCAUUGGAUCCUCAAUUGGCCAGUUGCUUUGCCCAUGAUUGCGCUGGGCUGGUGUCUAGGUCCUAUCGCUGUAAAUCAGCAUGAUGGGACACAUUUCAGCGAUCCCCACAAGCAAUGGGGCACAGUAUUGGUCUCCAUUUAUCUCGUGCAGAUCAUCCUGGGCCGACAUAUCCACCAGAAACGGGCUGAACAGGCCCCGCCGAUUAAGAAGAACCACCCACCUCUCAAUAUCCUCCACGUCGUCAUUGGUUUGGUCAUCCUCCUCGGAGCUUUCCUCCAAGUGAAAACUGGAUUGGAUAAACUCAAGUACAGUCCCGACUACUACAAUGUCGCACGCGUUGGGGAGAAGAUAUGGAACUUUUGGGCUGUGGCCGUGCCGUUUAUCUAUAUUGUCGGUCUGUACUUCCUGCCGAAGCAAUUUGGGCAGGAACGCGCCAAUUCGGGCGCCGCUGCCCCACAGGAGGGAGGCUAUAUGUCUCUCGACGACUCGAGCGCAAACGACGACGUGGAAGUGAGAAGGCCGCUCACGUUAAAUCAAGGAUAA